GUGUAGAAUGCAGUAAGUGUGAGGGUCCGGUGAGAGUAGAGGAACCCAACUUCCAUAGAGAUGACAAUUUGAAUUUAUAAAAAUGCAUGAAGGCUGAAACCACUCGUCUCCGAGUGCAUUCUCAGUUCCUCGUUCAUUUCAUCAAUCGUCCUCUGCUUUUUCUUGCUCAGCUGAUUGGUUUUUUUCCUCUCUCUUUAUCAAGAAUCAAUCAUGGGUGAUUUGGGUGUUCGAGAAAUGUUUGAAUAUUAUCUUUAUGAUUAUUUAGUAAAAAAUAAUAUGGGUGAGACCGCAGAAAUCUUCAGGAGAGAGGCCAAUCUGAACUUCGAUCCUACCCGGCCUCCACCUGUAGAUGCUCCUGAUGGUUUUCUCCAUGAGUGGUGGGUGAUAUUUUAUGAUAUGUUCCGUUCCCGGAAAGUGGUUAAUGAAGAGCCUGACGAGGGCUCCUCGGUUGUGACUGAAGAAAUGAUGGAAACUGGGGAACAAAGUGAGGCCUCCUCAUCAAGACAGCAUGAGAUGAAUGAAAAGCCUUCUGGGGACCUGGCUAUUAGUGCUGAUGCAGGGUUGACAAUGGGGGGAAAUGAGCUCCCAAGCCUUCCAUCGACUAAGUUGCCUGCAAUGGGAAGUGAGCAAAUACUUCAAGAUUUGUUGUCAUCUCGACAUCAACAAAAGCUACUGGAAUUUAAUGAGGUGGCAUCGAGAAUGGCAGCUAACCUAAUACCUCCAGGGUUUGGGGAUCAAGUUUGGAACCCAUUUUGGAUGAUGGAACAGGGGCCUGGAUUAAUACCUCCAGGGUUUGGCAAUCAGGCAUCGGAUCCUUUUUGGCUGACAGAACAUCAGGAAGAACUCAAGGAAUCAGGAGAGAGCUGUGCAAAGAAUCCAUCAGAAGAAUCAACACCGAUGAACAAUUCCUUAGAUGAUACUGUCAAACCAUCUGUUACUCAUGCUAAGGGCAAUGAAGACGCGGCAGGUGCUUUCAUGCAAACGGUGACUUCUGAUACAGAUGCUUCCAAAGGAGGCUCUCUAGUCAAGCAGAAGUUUCACAAUUUUGGGAACACCAUAAUUAUUCUCUUCCUCCUUUGGCAGCCUGGGAUGAUCCAUAGUUCUCAUUUCUCAGCAUGAUUUGAGAUCCCAAUGGAAAUAAUUCCCUGAGGCGAGGUAUGCUAAAGGUGUGUUGCAAAAAGUCCAAGGACAGAUUGACAGGGCACUUGGAGGGACUCAAUGGUCUUAUAGGUCUACUCAUUAUGCUUUGUCUUUAUGGGAUAUCCUAGGGUUUAGGGUUUAAGGUUUAAGUUUUAAAGUUGGAAAUAGACAUUAAGGCUAUGUUUGGUUCUUAGUUGUUUUAAACUCAUUUCACUUACUUUUCUGUUACAUAAAAAUUAAAUAAU